CAGCCCCGAGGAGGCGGCGGGGGAACCGGGGCCGGGCCCGGGGCCGCGGCGGCUGGAACCGGGCGCCGGGGGGAUCCGCCGCGUCUGGCCCGCCUGGAGCUACGUGGUGCUGGAGACCGGUGAGCGCCCGCCGGCCCCGGGGCCGCGGUCCCCGCUCUGUCCUGGGGGCUCCCCCAUCCCCUGAGACCGGGCCCCCGGGAUGGAGCACCCACCCCCCCACCCCUUACCCCUUAUGGCGCCGGUCCCCCCGGGAUGUCCCCGUCCCUCUGCCCCCCGAUCCCCCCGGGAUGUCCCCGUGACCCCCACCGCCGGUCCCCCCGGGAUGUCCCGGUCCCUCUGCCCCCCGAUCCCCCCGGGAUGUCCCCGUGACCCCCAAUGCCGGUCCCCCCGGGAUGUCCCGGUCCCUCUGCCCCCCGAUCCCCCCGGGAUGUCCCCGUGACCCCCAAUGCCGGUCCCCCCGGGAUGUCCCCGUCCCUCUGCCCCCCCCGCCCGAUCCCCCCGGGAUGUCCCCGUGGCCCCCAGAGCUGGUUCUUCCGGGAUGUCCACGUCCCUCCGGUCCCCCCGGGUUGCCCCCGUCCCCCCGGGCUGAUGCCCCCUCCCCGGCUGUCGGUCCCGGUACGGCAGGCUCGGGGCUGGAGGUUCGGAGCGCGGGGCUGCGGCGGCGGCUGCCGGGCUGGGCCGAGGCGCUGCCCUCGGAGACGCACCUGGUGCUGGGGGGCCCGGGGGGGGCCCGGGCCUGGCCGCGGGCUGCGGCACUGCGGGGCGACCUGCGGGACCCCCCCGCCUGGAGCCGGGAGCUGCCGCCGGGGCCCCCCCGCCCGCUGCCGCUGCUGCCCGGGGGCUUCGCCCGCCCGCGGCCGCCCUUCUUCACCCCGCUGCCCGGGGGGCUGCACGCCCGGCAGCUGGUCCUGGGCCAGGAGCACGCCCUGGUGCUGGGUGCCCACGGGGAGCUCUACGCGUGGGGCGGCGGGAGGCACGGGCAGCUCGGCCACGGGACCCUGGAGUCGGAGGCGCAGCCGCGGCUGGUGGAGGCGCUGGCCGGCGUGCCGAUGCGGGCGGUGGCGGCCGGCGGGUGGCACUCGGCCAGCGUUAGCGAGGCCGGAGACCUUUACGUGUGGGGCUGGAACGAGUCUGGCCAACUGGCUCUGCCCUCCAAGGCGCUGGCGGAAGAGCGGGCGCAGGACGCGGGCGCAGGCGUUCCCGGCGUUGCUGGAUCUGCCGCAGGACCCGGAGGUCGGCAGGGUCAGCUGCGGGUCCCGGCACACGGCCGUCGUCACGCGAGGCGGCGAGCUCUACACCUGGGGCUGGGGUAAAUACGGGCAGCUGGGACACGGGGACAACGCCAGCUCCGACCGCCCACGCCGCGUUGAGUACCUGGGGGCCGAGGGGCUGCGGGCAGAGGAGGUGGUGUGCGGGCC